AUGCAGUUCGCCAACACCCUCGCCGUCGCGGCCUCCUUCAUCGCCGCCGUCUCGGGCGCCUCCAUCCCCUCGGUCUACGGCCGCCAGACCAGCUGCACGACCGACGGCGCGACCAACGGCACGACCAACGGCACCGCCCCGGCCGCGCCCCCGGCCUACUUCCAGCUCAUGGCCCUCCGCUCCGCCAGCCCCGUGCACUUCUCCCGCUUCCAGGCCGCCCGCAGCAGCAUCUUCCUGCAGCUGCCCAGCCAGAACGCCACCUGCGACAACGGCAAGGCCCCCGUCACCGAGGAGGAGGCCACCUUCUACCUCUCCGACGACGGCGGCCUCUACCUCUACGCCGCCUCCGCCACCCCGCAGCAGCUCUACGCCGACCGCUCCGGCAUGGGCCAGGGCAAGCUCGGCUACACCACCGGCGCCCAGCCCGCGCCCCGCAACGGCGAGCGCACCGGCUGGACCAUCGACCAGUACGGCGACCUGACCCUCGACGGCGCCGGCUUCCUCGCCUGCCCCGGCAGCAUCGAGAACUCGUGGGCCGUCUGGGUCUCCUCCGGCGUCGCCAACCCUGCUGGUUACACCGGCUGCCUCGGCGUCUCGGUCCGCGCCGUCGAGGUCAAGGAGCCCAGCAGCUGCGUCUACACCUCCUAA